AUGCUUCCCAACGGCAACCCCAUCCUGAUGGCCCUGGCCACCGCUUACUGUGCUCUCGCCGCGCCCACCAAUGGCCAGCCUGAUCACGUGCAGGAGGUGAUUGAUGCUCUCAAGCUCCAUCUGGAAGCCGAAAAUGUCAAGGAUGCUUCUCAAGUCAUCAACGACGCCGAGGCAUCCCUUUGGGCUGACAAUGUCCUGAACGACGCUGUGAUUACCGAUCUGAAGCAGAAGAUCGAGACACUGAAAGUCGAGGAGGGCAUCACUGUCAACACCAUUGCCGAGGAGACAAUCGAGUACCUCAACGCCAAGGGAGCGUUCAAGAAGCCCGACGAGGAUGGAGACGCAAAUGGCACCAUCGUCCUGGAACCCGAAGUCAUCAAGCAGGUUUUGGACCACGGAGUCAGCUUCAUCCAGUUGGGAAAAUGCCCCGACGGCAGUCAGGCCGACCUAUGCUGUGUCAUUCUGUGA